GGAGAUUCAACAUGAUCACUGAAUAUGGAUAGUUUGAAGCUUGGAAUCGAGAAGUUUGAUGGAUCCGAUUUCAAUUUCUGGAAGAUGCAGAUCGAAGAUUAUCUGUACCAGAAAGAUCUUCACGAACCGUUGACCGGGGUAAAGCCGGAAUCCAUGACGGAGGAGAAGUGGAAAAUCAAGGAUCGCCAGGAUCUAGGGUUGAUCCGGUUAACUUUGUCAUGAAACGUGGCAUUCAAUAUCGUCAAGGAGAAGACGAUGUCUCUUUUGUUCAAGGCACUGUCAAACAUGUACGAAAAACCAUCGGCGAUGAACAAGGCGCUGAUUUUGAUGUCAUCUCUUCCUGAGUCUUGGGAUAGUGUUGUUGCUGCGAUUAGCAGUUCCCAUGGAUCUGACAAACUGAUGUUUGAAGAAAUCCGUGAUAUUGUUCUUAGCGAAAGUAUUUGCAAACGAGAAGUGGGAGAUUGA